GUUUCCGCUACCAACGAUAAUUUCGACUCAACGCCAUCUCGUUCCUCACAAUUCAGACAAUGGGAGAAUAAGCAGCUUCUGGGAUACGCUUUCAAACGGUUUGACUCUACAAGUUUAAUAUCGUGCGGUCAGCAGUGUCUGAGAAACCAACGUUGCUCUUCAACAAACUUCAAGUGGUCCUCCUCUAAGGAGGACGGCGAUGGAACUUGUGAGCUGAACGACCACGAGUUUUCCUUUAUUGAGGAAAAUGUUAACUUUGUCCAUCAGGAAGAUGUAACGUUUUCCAUGAAGGUAAUUCAACUUUUAGUUUGCGUAAAGGUUAAGGCGAACGUUGAUCAGUAUUGUCUAAUAUUUUAAAUUAAAAAAUUCCCCUUGUUAUAUUCUUCAUAUCAUCGAGAACUUGGACAACUAAAAUUUUGCUAUAUAAAAUUACAAAUGGGUCUCGGGUUUGAUCUUGUCAUUUCUAUUAACAACUACAAAACAGUUUUCCUGAAAUUGAUUUAUCAAAAGUAGAUUUGUAACACGUAACGCCCUGGGCCCCAGUUGUUCAAGGGGCGGAUAACGCUAUCCACCAGAUAUAUCGCUAUUCAGCGGAUAAGUGCCAACAAAACGUACUGCGCUAUACAACAGAUAGAGAUUUAUUGAGCGGAUAGCUUUAUCACCAUUUGAACAAUCAGAGGCUAAAGGAUAUUUUUAAGUCAUUUAGCUAGUUCCCAGUCGCUCACAACACCGCAGUCGUUGGCGGGUAACUUCCAAUUUAUACAGAAUUAACCAAUCACAUCAUUGGAAACGAACAACUAUCCCACAUAAAUUCAACUGUGCCAGUCAUUGUUUAGAGGCCAAAACGAGCACAGAUGAUAAGGAAUUUUUGUAGAACUCAUACCUCGUUUCCUGUAAUCUGAUUGGUCGGUUUUUUUGUAAUGGCACUUACAAUGAUUCUUUUGUCUUUAUCGUCACAGAUAUCUACGUGUGAUUGUAUUUUUUUUGUUUCAAUUGUAAUUGGUUUCCAUCUUUUAUAGGUUCGAAAGGUCUGCCCACUUGAUUGGAUUGUUUUUGGACGCUCAUGUUAUCUCCUUUUCGACACCCCUACCCCGAAUUGGAGCGAUGCCCAUAGUAUCUGUCAGACUCAUGGGGCACACCUACCCAUUAUCAGAUCUUCCGAUGAAAACAACUUUAUGUUCCGUCUAGCUCUGAGCCAGCCAAACGGUAAAGUCAGCGGUACAUGGCUUGGACUUACUCGGAGGAAACCUAAAGGUACCUUCUACUGGGUUGACGAUACACCUUUGGCGGGGCAGUUCUCUGCGUGGGCAGCUGGGGAACCGAAUAAUAGAGGAAACGAAGAGGACUGUGCAUACAUAACUUCUCAAGGAGGUGGACAGGGAAAGUGGAAUGACUGUGGAUGUACGUGUGCAUACCUUGCUCCACACGGGCCUGUGGUUCUUUGUCAGAAGGAAGUCAAGUGAGGGGUCAGUUCCUUGGGUGUUUCGACUUGAUGCAAGAAUUUGUUUUUCAGCAGCAACUACGAUGUGUUCGAUAGAGUGAAGAUAAUCAAAAGAAAAGGAAAUAUUAAGAUUUUUCAUCCUUGAUCCCUGCAUUUGACUCCUUUGUGAGCCCUAGAGCGUAGGAUUAGGCCCUAAAAACAGGAUCAAUUAAUUUUAAAUGGGCGAUG